AUGAGUACCCCAGAUAUCAUCAAGGAUAAUAUUGCACCACUUGUUCAAAGAAUAUUAGCAGAUCCUCUACAUUUCUCAUCUGCAAAACAUCAAGAUAUAGUCACAGAUAAACCAGCAUCAUACAUCAAGAUAGGACAAAGCUCUGCAAAGGACCAAUCUAAUAGUGAUCAACAGAAUCUAACGUCAAAAAUAGAGACAGGAUCCAUACAACAAUCUAGUUCCGGAAUGGCAAAAGCGCGUCCUGCUUCUUUAGCACAAGCAAUUGCAGGUUAUACAGGUAAAAGACUAGCAGAUGACACAACCACAAAUAAAAGAGGUAAAAAAAUCAGAAAACUGACAAAGCAAAGUUCAGAAGAGCAAUCCGAAAACAAUGAAGAUUUAGGUGAAGAUUUAGAACUCGUUGAUGAUGAUGAAAGUGAAAGUGAAACUGAAAAUGCUCAAGACUCUGAAGAUCAAAAAGAGGAAUCAUCACCAUCCGCCGUCAAUUCGGAAUCAAACAACAGCGAUGGCGAUGAAUAUCAAAAAUCUGAACAAGACCAAACUGAAGCUAGCACAACUCCAGAAGCCACUCAAGAAUCAACUCCUCAACAAGAAUCAGAAUCAAGCUCUUCAGAUGAUGAUACAAACUAUACAGACGCUGAAACCGGAGAUUUUGUUUCCUUAACGCCUCACAAUAUAAUAAGCAAGAAGGUUUAUGAGAAAUAUCAAAAAGAUAAUAGCUCAAGUACAAGUGGUAACGAUGAUGAAGAUGACCAAGAAGAAGACGAAGACGAAGAAGAAACACCAGUACCUACUGCUUCCACAUCUAAAAUCGAUGUCAAUAAUGAAGAUGAUGAAGAAGAAGAAGAAGACGAUGUUGAUUACGUUGACAAGGAAUCUGAAAGUGAAGCUGAAGAAAGCGAAGAAGAAUCAACUGAGGAUGAAGGUGAAGAUGAGGAAUCAAGUGAAGCUGAUGAAUUACCAACUGAUGAUAAAGAAGCAGAUCAAGAACCUGAUAUCAAAAGGGACUUGCUAGCUGAAAAAUCAGAAAAUGCUAGUAGAACAGGUACAAACACACCACCAACAUCACCAGAAUCAGAUGAAGACAGUGAUGAUUCAAAAUCUAAAGAUCUGUCUGCUUUACAGUUAAGUGAUUUUUACGGAAUAGAAGAAUCACCAGCAGAUAGAGGCUCUAAUGAUUCUGAUAGAAUAAUUAAAAACUGGGGCUCUAAAUACAGUACACGUAAACCAUUAGGUUUACUGAACCACGGUGUUACAUGUUAUACAAACGCUGCUGUUCAAGCUAUGAUCCAUAUUCCUGCUGUUCAACAUUAUUUGCUUGAUAUUUCAAAUGGUAAAUAUAAGGAUACCAUCAAUCCAAGAUCAGUUUCACAAACAUUAGCUGAAACUUCUGCUAGAAUGUGGAAUUUAGAAAAAAAUAAUCCUAAGAAAGGUGGUCCAAAAUUCAUAAAUCCAAAGAAAUUGAUUGGUAAAUUAGAUGAUAUCAAUUGUAUGAUGUCUGAAUGGCAACAAGAAGAUUCACAUGAAUAUUUCAUGUCUUUAUUAUCAAGAUUACAAGAAGAUGGUACACCAAAGGGUAAGAAAUUAAAUGAAAAUAUCAUUUAUGAUAUAUUUGGCGGUUCUUUAGAUCAAUUUGUGACUUGUAAAAGUUGUGGUCAUGUUUCUAAAACACAACAAGAAUUUUAUGAUCUUUCAUUACAUUUAGGCGCUUCAAGAAAAAAUAGUCAAUCUGAAAUGGUUAAUCAACAACAAUCUUCAUUAAGUGCACAAGCUCAAACUGAUUCAGCUGAAGCUAAACAUAGAUAUUCAAUCAAUAAAUCUAUAAGAGAUUUCUUUUCACCAGAAUUAAUUAAGACUGAUAGAUCUGAUAAGAGUGGUUAUGUUUGUGAAAAAUGUAAGAAAAGAACAAAUGCCAUUAAGAUUAGUACAAUUGAUAGAGCUCCAGAAACAUUAGCUGUUCAUUUGAAAAGAUUUAGAUUUAAUGGUAGUUCAUCAUCAAAAGUUAAACAAGGUGUUUCAUAUCCAUUGAUCUUGGAUUUAUCUCAAUAUACCACAAAUUCUGAACCUGUUUUAUAUCAAUUAAUCUCUGUUGUUGUUCAUGAAGGUAGAUCAGUAUCUUCUGGUCAUUAUAUUGCACAUUGUCGUCAACCAGAUGGUGUAUGGGCUACAUAUGAUGACGAAUAUAUAAAUACAAUCACAGAAAAACAAGCACUAAAAGAUCCAUCAGCAUAUUAUUUGAUAUAUACAAGAUUAACUCAUAAAGAUAUUAAACAAGUUUCAGCACCAAUACAAAAACAAUCUAAAGUUAAUACUAACAAACCAUCAUCAUCAUCAUCAUCAAACAAAUCAUCUGUUUCAUCCGCAUCAUCUGCAUCAACUACAUCAACAAGUAGUCCAAUUUCAAAUAAAAUCAAACAAUUACGUGUUGGUAUUGCAAAACCAAGCAAACCUACUAAUUUAUCACCAAAUAAUAAAAAGAAAGGUUUCAAUGGCCUAAAACCAACUAAUAACCUUGGAAACAUUGGAUCUUCAAAUCAAAAAAGAUAUGCUAAAGAUCAUGGAUCUGGUAAAUCCAAAAGAUUCAAAAGAUAUUAA